AUGUUUCAAACUAAAAACUACGCCGUGGCCUAUAUGGCGACGUAUAAGAACGAGUCGCCGAAGUUCGUUCCAAUCGCACCGAGUCCUGAUAAAGAUAUGGAUUGUACAGUGGCAAAGAAGUACACGUAUAAGAACAAUUAUACAGGGACGCAAGCGGCGUCCAUUGCGAGAAGAAAUGCCCGCGAAAGAAAUCGCGUGAAACAAGUAAACGAUGGUUUUAACGCGUUAAGGAAAAGAUUGCCUGCAGCGGUCGUCAACGCUUUAUCCGGUGGCGCGCGUCGAGGGUCAGGAAAGAAGCUGAGUAAAGUUGACACUUUGCGAAUGGUCGUGGAAUACAUUAGAUACUUGGAAAGUUUAGUAGAUGAAAGUGAUCCAGCCUUAGGUGCUCCAGAAUCCAGCGUUCCAAUGGAGACUUCGAUAUGCGAGAUGGAUGAAGGAAUUUUCGGUGGGAGGAAUUCACCCUACUCCGAUUCAGUGCCGUCACCUGCAAAUUCUGAGUGUUCGUCUGGUGUUUCUUCAAGUUAUUCAGCAGGCAAUGAAUGUUAUAACAACAGUUAUUAUAGUGAAGCUAAUCCUGUGGACGACAAUGAGUUAUUAGAUGCGAUAACUUGGUGGCAACAAAAGUAA